GCCGCCGUCCGCCAACUCGGAAGCUCGCGCUCCCGGGCCGUGGGGGCGAGAACGCCGGCGGCGAGCCGGCGUCGCUCGCCGCCCCCAUCGGUGGCAAACUUCGCGGCGUCCCCGGAGCUGGUCCGAGCGAGACAGAGAUCUCACCAAUAAAAUAAAAUCCAAUUUCCCCUUCCCACCCCGAACCAUGGAGGCUGCGGCCGCUGGAGUGCCCCCGCCGGCUGCGGCCCCUGCCCGCUAGCUGGGGACCAACAGCGCCACGGCGAGCGAGCGGGCGAGCGAGGAGGGGAGAGGGAGUCUGUCUGCAAAGUGCUGCUCCCUGGUGCUCAGAGGCGGCUGCUCCAGCUCCAACUCUCAUUCAUUUCGCCGGUUAACAUGAGAGAUCAUGGCCGCCUUCGGGCUUCUCAGCUAUGAGCAGAGACCGCUGAAGCGCCCCCGGCUCGGGCCGCCCGAUGUCUACCCGCAGGACCCCAAGCAGAAGGAGGAUGAACUGACUGCUGUGAACGUAAAGCAAGGCUUCAGCAACCAGCCAGCUUUCACUGGGGAUGAGCACGGCUCCGCUAGGAACAUUGUGAUCAACCCAUCAAAGAUCGGAGCUUAUUUCAGCAGCAUAUUAGCUGAGAAACUAAAGCUUAACACUUUCCAGGAUACCGGAAAGAAGAAACCCCAAGUUAAUGCUAAAGAUAAUUACUGGCUGGUUACUGCUCGAUCUCAGAGUGCAAUUCAUAGUUGGUUCUCUGACCUAGCAGGAAAUAAACCACUUGCUAUUUUGGCAAAAAAGGUUCCCAUCCUUAGUAAAAAGGAGGAUGUUUUUGCAUAUUUAGCUAAAUAUUCAGUACCAAUGGUUCGAGCGACCUGGCUGAUCAAGAUGACUUGUGCCUAUUAUUCUGCCAUUUCUGAAGCUAAAAUCAAGAAACGUCAGGCCACUGACCCCAAUUUGGAGUGGACGCAGAUAUCUACUCGGUACCUUCGAGAACAGCUGGCCAAGAUUUCUGACUUCUACCACUUGGCGUCCACUGCGAGCGAUGGCCCUGUUCCUGUAUCCCCGGAGGUGGAGCAAGCCAUGAGGCAGUGGGAGUACAACGAGAAGCUGGCGUUUCACAUGUUCCAGGAAGGAUUGCUGGAAAAGCAUGAAUAUUUGACGUGGAUCCUGGAUGUCCUAGAGAAGAUCAGACCGAUGGAUGACGACCUUCUUAAACUCCUGCUGCCGCUGAUGCUGCAGUACUCGGACGAGUUUGUGCAGUCGGCCUACCUGUCCCGCCGUCUGGCCUACUUCUGUGCCCGGCGUCUGUCCCUGCUGCUAAGCGACAGCCCCAGCCUCCUGGCUGCCCACUCCCCCCACAUGAUGAUCGGGCCCAACAGCUCGGGAAUCGGGGCGCCCAGCCCCGGCCCACCCGGCCCCGGCAUGAGCCCCGUGCAGCUGGCCUUCUCAGACUUCCUUUCCUGCGCACAGCAUGGGCCCCUUGUGUACGGACUCAGUUGCAUGCUGCAGACGGUCACUCUCUGCUGCCCAAGUGCCUUGGUGUGGAACUACUCCACAAAUGAAAGCAAGAAUGUGAGCGCAGGCUCACCUCUGGACCUGCUGCAGGUCGCCCCGUCCAGCCUCCCCAUGCCGGGAGGGAACACGGCAUUCAACCAGCAGGUUCGGGCCAAGAUCUAUGAGGUGGAACAGCAGAUAAAACAAAGGGGCCGUGCGGUGGAAGUCCGGUGGUCCUUUGACAAGUGCCAGGAGUCCACAGCAGGGGUGACUAUCAGUCGAGUUUUGCACACGUUGGAAGUCUUGGAUCGACACUGUUUUGACCGAACUGAUUCCAGCAACUCAAUGGAGACGCUUUACCAUAAGAUUUUCUGGGCAAACCAAAACAAAGAUAACCAAGAGGUGGCCCCCAAUGAUGAAGCCGUGGUGACGCUGCUGUGUGAAUGGGCCGUGAGCUGCAAACGGUCGGGCAAGCACAGGGCCAUGGCCGUGGCCAAACUCCUGGAGAAGAGGCAAGCGGAGAUUGAAGCCGAGAGAUGUGGCGAAUCAGAAGUCCUAGAUGAGAAGGAGUCCAUUUCUUCUGCCUCCCUUGCUGGCUCUAGUUUGCCUGUUUUCCAGAAUGUGCUGCUAAGGUUUUUGGAUACACAGGCCCCCUCACUGUCGGACCCCAACAGCGAGUGCGAGAAGGUGGAGUUCGUGAACCUGGUGCUGCUCUUCUGCGAGUUCAUCCGCCACGACGUCUUUUCCCACGACGCCUACAUGUGCACGCUCAUAUCUCGAGGGGACCUGUCCGUCACCGCCUCCACGGGGCUGCGGUCGCCUGCUGGGGAGAAUGUGGACGAGCACUAUCCCAAGGACCAUGAGGUGAAACUGGAGCCUUUACAGCAGGACUCUCUCCCUGGCACUCAUCAGGAGCAGAGCAUCAUGGCGCACAUGGGCAUUGACCCAGGAACCGCUCACAUUUUUGAUGAAGUAGACAAGAGUGACUUUAAAGCCGACUUUGGCUCGGAGUUUCCAAUUUUUUCUCCCAUGCCUGGAGAGUCCUGUGAGAACGCCAACCCUUCCUUGGGCAGAAGAAUGUCACUUAAUGGAGAGAAGUUGGCCAAGAGGGAAAAACCGAGGGAGUUGAUUUUCCCAUCUAAUUAUGACCUCCUCCGCCACCUGCAGUAUGCAACACAUUUUCCUAUACCUCUGGAUGAGUCCUCGAGUCAUGAAUGUAACCAGCGCACAAUCCUCCUCUAUGGAGUGGGCAAGGAGCGCGAGGAGGCCCGGCACCAGUUGAAGAAGAUCACCAAAGACAUCCUGAAAAUCCUGAACAAGAAGAGCACCACAGAGACGGGCGUUGGGGAUGAAGGGCAAAAAGCCAGAAAGAACAAACAAGAAACAUUUCCAACCCUGGAGACGGUAUUCACAAAACUCCAACUUCUGUCGUAUUUCGAUCAGCAUCAAGUGACGUCUCAGAUCUCUAACAACGUGCUGGAGCAGAUCACCAGCUUUGCUUCAGGGACGUCCUACCACCUCCCGCUGGCCCACCACAUACAGCUCAUCUUCGAUCUCAUGGAGCCCGCACUGAACAUCAAUGGACUCAUUGACUUCGCUAUACAGUUGCUAAAUGAGCUGAGUGUCGUGGAAGCCGAGCUGCUCCUCAAGUCCUCCAGCCUGGCAGGCAGCUACACCACGGGGCUCUGCGUGUGCAUUGUGGCCGUUCUCAGGCGCUAUCAUAGUUGUCUGAUCCUGAAUCCUGAGCAGACAGCCCAGGUGUUUGAAGGGUUGUGCGGUGUGGUGAAGCACGUCGUGAACCCCUCGGAGUGCUCUUCCCCCGAAAGAUGCAUCUUAGCCUACCUCUACGACCUCUAUGUGUCCUGUAGCCACCUUAGAAGCAAGUUUGGAGACCUCUUCAGUAGUGCCUGUUCUAAAGUAAAGCAAACCAUAUAUAAUAAUGUGAUGCCUGCGAAUUCCAACUUGCGAUGGGAUCCCGACUUCAUGAUGGAUUUUAUUGAGAAUCCCUCAGCUCGAAGCAUCAACUACUCAAUGCUGGGCAAAGUCCUCAGUGACAACGCAGCCAAUCGCUACAGCUUUGUCUGCAACACGCUUAUGAAUGUCUGCAUGGGCCAUCAGGAUGCCGGCAGGAUUAACGACAUAGCCAAUUUCUCCUCCGAGCUGACCGCCUGCUGCACUGUCCUCAGUUCAGAAUGGCUGGGGGUUCUGAAGGCUCUCUGUUGUUCUUCCAAUCACGUGUGGGGGUUUAAUGAUGUACUUUGCACUGUGGAUGUGAGUGACCUUUCAUUCCAUGAUUCAUUAGCUACUUUCAUUGCUAUUCUGAUAGCACGACAGUGUUUCUCCCUGGAGGACGUCGUGCAGCACGUGGCUCUCCCCUCUCUCCUAGCGGCAGCUUGUGGAGAUGCGGACGCGGAGCCCGGGGCGAGGAUGACCUGCCGACUGCUGCUUCAUCUGUUCCGAGCGCCACAGGCCUGCUUCUUGCCUCAAGCCGCCGGCAAACCUUUCCCCGGAAUAAGAUCGUCUUGCGAUAGACACCUCUUAGCUGCUGCUCACAACAGCAUUGAAGUGGGAGCGGUUUUUGCUGUAUUGAAAGCCAUCAUGAUGCUUGGAGAUGCCAAAAUUGGCAAUAACAGUGUCAGCUCCUUAAAGAACGAUGACUUCACCAUGAGGAGUUUGCGGCGGGAAGGGACCGCGGAGGACGUCUGGCCUGCCUCUCACAGCUCGAAGCCCUGCGCGAAGAGCAUCUCCAUAGAAACGGCCAAUUUAAGAGAAUAUGCUCGAUACGUGCUGAGGACCAUCUGCCAGCAGGAAUGGGUAGGAGAACAUUGCCUAAAAGAACCUGAAAGGUUGUGUACAGACAAAGAGCUGAUACUGGACCCUGUGCUUUCCAACAUGCAAGCUCAGAAGCUCCUGCAGCUCAUCUGCUACCCACACGGCCUCAAGGAGUGCACGGAGGGCGACAACCUUCAGAGGCAGCACAUCAAGCGCAUCCUGCAGAAUCUGGAGCAGUGGACAUUGAGGCAGUCCUGGCUGGAACUUCAGCUAAUGAUCAAGCAGUGCCUGAAGGACCCUGGCUCCGGGUCUGUGGCUGAAAUGAACAACCUGCUGGACAACAUUGCAAAGGCCACCAUUGAGGUGUUCCAGCAGUCCGCGGAUUUGAACAACAACUCCUCACACUCUGGCAUGGGCCUCUUCCACCCCAGUGGCAACGGGGGCGCUGAUACCAGUAGCACGAGGCAAAAUGGAAUCAAGACCUUUCUCAGUUCCUCUGAACGCAGGGGCGUGUGGCUGGUGGCCCCCCUCAUCGCCAGGCUGCCCACCUCUGUGCAGGGGCGGGUGUUGAAGGCUGCUGGGGAAGAGCUGGAGAAGGGGCAGCACUUGGGUUCUUCUUCCAAAAAGGAGCGUGAUAGACAGAAACAGAAAAGCAUGUCUCUCCUGAGUCAACAGCCAUUCCUCUCGCUGGUCCUCACCUGUCUCAAGGGACAGGAUGAACAACGAGAAGGUCUGCUAACAUCCCUGCAGAAUCAAGUGAACCAGAUUUUAAGUAACUGGAAGGAAGAAAGGUACCAGGAUGACAUCAAGGCUCGGCAGAUGAUGCACGAAGCUCUGCAGCUGCGCCUGAACUUGGUGGGAGGGAUGUUCGACACAGUGCAGAGGAGUACCCAGUGGACCGCAGAAUGGGCCCUCCUGCUGCUGCAGAUCAUCACCUCAGGAACCGUGGACAUGCACACCAACAAUGAAUUAUUCACAACAGUCCUUGACAUGCUGGGUGUUUUGAUCAAUGGGACGUUAGCCUCUGACCUAUCAAGUGCAUCCCCAGGAGGCUCAGAAGAGAACAAACGUGCAUAUAUGAAUUUAGUAAAAAAGUUAAAAAAAGAGCUGGGAGACAAGAGGUCAGAAAGCAUUGACAAAGUUCGGCAGUUGCUGCCUCUGCCGAAGCAGACGUGUGACAUCAUCACCUGUGAGCCCAUGGGCUCCUUGAUCGACACCAAGGGGAACAAAAUCGCUGGAUUCGACUCAAUAGAUAAAAAACAGGGCCUCCAGGUCUCUGCCAAGCAGAAGGUGUCCCCGUGGGACUUAUUUGAAGGCCAGAAGAACCCCGCUCCUCUGUCCUGGGCCUGGUUCGGGACCGUCCGUGUGGACCGGAAAGUGAUCAAGUACGAGGAACAGCACCACUUGCUGCUGUACCACACACACCCCACACCCAAGCCCCGGAGCUACUACCUCGAACCGCUGCCCCUGCCUCCUGAGGAGGAGGAGGAGGAGCCCGCCUCGCCCAUCUCUCAGGAGCCAGAAAGGAAGUCGGCCGAACUGUCAGAUCAGGGGAAAACUGCGACAGAGGAAGAGAAGAAGAGCAGGGGCAGGAAGCGCAAGACGAAAUCCAGCUCCAGGGUGGAUGAAUAUCCACAGAGCAGCGUGUACCGAGUGCCUCCCAACUACUCACCCAUUUCCUCCCAAAUGAUGCACCAUCCGCAGUCCACCUUGUGGGGUUACAACCUCAUGGGCCAGACCCAGCAGCCCAGCUUCUUCCUUCAGAACCAGGCUCUCACUCCAGGUGGCUCCAGGUUGGACCCUGCAGGCUCCUUUGUCCCAACCAACACCAAGCAAGCUUUGUCCAACAUGUUGCAGCGGCGAUCAGGGGCCAUGAUGCAGCCCCCCUCCCUCCACGCCAUCACCUCACAGCAGCAGCUGAUCCAGAUGAAGCUUCUGCAGCAGCAGCAGCAGCAGAGGCUCCUUAGGCAGGCCCAGGCCCGGCCCUUCCAGCAGGACCUCUGUGCCUCCGCGGUCUCCCUUCUGGAAGACUUUGACAACAUAAUGGGCCCACCCGGGGACCAGGCUGCUCUCUUUGCUGCACAGGCUCGGCCCUCCCCUCAGCCCCCUCAGUAUCCAGGGCUGCAGCAGGCACAGACCAUGCCCCAGGGCUACACCAUGUACGGAACCCAGAUGCCUCUGCCACAGCCCGCACAGCCGCAGGCCGGCGUGGUCCUGUCCCCCAGCUAUGGUUCCCGGGCCUACCCAGCCGCACACUCCAGCCCUGCGCUCAUGGAGAGACUGAGGCAGAUGCAGCAGCAGCCCAGCGGCUACAUACAGCAGCAGGCCCCACCCUACCUGCAGCCCCUGACGGGCGCCCAGAGGAUGAACCACCAGGCUCUGCAGCAGAGCCCCCUGGUGGGCGGGGGCAUCGAUGCCAUGAUGACGCCUGCACACCCGAGCCUCCCCUCCGUGCCCCUGCCUCAGGACCCCAUGAGGCCCCGGCAGCCGCAAGUUCGACAGCAGCAGAGACUCCUGCAGAUGCAGCAGCCCCAGCAGCCCCCACAGCCCCAGCCGUCUUCACAGCCCCAGAGCCAGCAGACCCUGGGUCUCCAGGCAGUGCAGCCCCAGCAACCUCUGUUCCCCAGGCCAGGCUUGCAGCAGACCCAGCAGCAGCAGCAGACGGCCGCACUGGUGCGGCAGCUCCAGAAGCAGCUUUCUAGUAACCAGCCGCAGCAAGGAGUGACUCCCUACGGGCACCCUUCACACUUCUGAAUUGGGAAGACAACCUGCAGUUUUGUGUUUGCACUGAAAAGUAGAAAAUCAGAGUUAAUGUCUCAGUCAUCCUGAGAAUGUCCCUUUGGUCUUUCAUUUCUUUGGUUUCCUAUAUUUUAUGCUAUAUUUCAUAUGGAGGUAUUUAAACAAAAAGCAAAGGAGAAGUUGUGCUUUGCAUUCAGCAUUGAAGGAGGUUUGGCAGUAUGGCUGACGGCUCAGGCAGGCCUCCUCCCCACAGAUGGUGGCAGCAGACCUUUGAAAUUGGUGCUUUUUUUUUUUUUUAAAGUCUUCUAGGUACAGAUAGAAUGAAUUAUGGUGGGUUUAAAUAUUUAUGGGUUCAUUAAUGAUUGUUUUGCUCUUUUGCAACUGUGCUGGACCAACUUCUGAUUUGAAAGGCAGAUCAGGUCUUGACAGGAAGCAACCCAUUCAUUCUGCAUUCACCUGUGAUGGGUAACUGGACAUUAAUCUGCGUCAUUAUAAUUUGAAAUAUUUGUAAUUUCAUGAGCACUUUAUGAACUUUCUUAUUUGUGUAGGACUUUGCUUUUGUUGUGGUCAAAGGUGCUGAACCAGGUUGUUGCUUAGUGACUUCUACGAUCACGACUUCCAUGGGAGCCUCUUAGAAGUUGCUGCACCUGACUUUGUUUUCAGUGGUGAGAGCAUGAACCAGAGUCUUCAGGAAGGUACAAUAUGUCAACUUUAAACACCUGGAAGGACCACCGUGGAAUCGUUCCUGUAUUUACUGCCAGUUUUGGGAAAAUGACUGUCCAGAUUUGGUUCUCCAGAGCUUUAUGCCAACUAGAGUGAAAAUCUUGCAGCUGGCUAGAGAGUCCACAGAGCUCAGACUUGACAUGGUUUCCAGAGACCCUGGCCCCAAAGUCCAGAAGGCUCUGGUUUUCAUAAAAGGUGUAUUUGCUGUUAAUUUUGUAUGGUAAGUAUUUGCUACUUUGAAUUUAAUUAUUAAUGUUGGUGUCAGUCUUGGUUGUGUAAUGCAUAUACUGUAUUUAUAAAUUGGUGCAAAAAGCACAAGUAAAUUAUACAUUAAAUUUAUUAUAAAGAAAUAGUAACUAUUUUAACUUUGUUCAAGUAUGUGGUAAUUUGCUCCUAUUAGAGUAAAGAAUACAGUAAAUUAUUAUCAGUUUGUGUAACUUAAGAGUAUUCCAUAUAAUAUUUUUUUAGAUUUAGAUGCAUAAAAUUUUGAAUGUGAAAAUUGCAGGGCAUUUUAAAAAACACAUGUGUGGGAUGUCUUCCCAUGUUCUGUGUUACUUCAUCUUUUUGCCAUAUGAUUUUACAUGUAGUCACGCAUACUGUGAAUAGAUUCGUCCAAUGAACAGACCACAUAGAACUACUUUUUUUAAAAUGUAGCUAGUUCCACUUAAGUAGAUCAUUUCUUUUGCGAAUCAUUCUGUAAGUAAUUCACAUCUUCCUGGGUGAGCUACUCAUUGCAGUUUGACUCCUGCCAAUGACCUCAAAUACACAUCAGCUUCCUGUGCUGUGGCAGCAUCCGUGUGAACUGCUUUUGUACACUGUGAAGACAUUCACUCCAGCCUGCCCCAAGAGGUGUUUACUCUGGGCUGGAACAGACUUUGCCAAAACAUUAAAGACCAUUCUUUUCACUAAAUUAACAUCCUACCUGCUUUCAGAAGAUGUACCUUUACAUUUCAGCUGCUUGUAUAGAUCAGGUUUUACCCUCUCCAGAAUCAUACUCAGAGUUCAUGAAGUUAUUUUUUUCUGGAGUGGUGGGUAUGUCUGGUGACUCACGGGCAGAACCCCUGAAACAUGAAUGUUGUGCCUAGUGAGUGAGUCCUAUUCUGUUUUUGGUCCUUGCUUAAGAAUCAUUGGUAUUUUGAAGGCAAAUUUUCAGUUUGAACCAUUAAUCGUUGUAGCUCAGUAUUGCAAACAGUGGCAAUACUGUGAGGAGUGAGUGUUAUCAUUGCAUAGCAUUUGUAUGCACUUUACAUUUUGCAGAAGUUUAUUUAUUAAUCAUUUUGCACAUGAAAGCUAUGGGGAGUACCUUUGUGGUUGCAUUAAGGUGAGGAGGCUAAGUCUUGAGUAAGUCCCUAUAAUUCUGAAACGCUAUGGAAGGUUUAGGAAAAACUAGAGCUGUUUUCUUCUUGUGCGUUAUAAGGAAAGCAAUUGGAACUUUUAAGUUAGUCAUAUUUCUCUAUCCUGAUAUGUUUCUUUUGUAGCAAAUGCAUUAGUUUGCAUUAAAGUGUUCACAAGGGAAAGCCCUGGUACAGAACCUUGUGAUUUGCUCGGUAAGUUGCAGAGAGAUUAGACUAAUAAGACAGAGACCCCAGCCCAUUUAAGAUAAGACCUUGAAAUCUAAUGGAAGUGGGUACCCCUAUCAAAACGCCUGGAUGUGAGGACCCCUUGGACACACCACUUACGUCAUAGGCUUGUUCCUCAUCAGGUUGCCUCCAUCCUUUUACCUACCCAUCUUGGUUCAGCAGUAGAGGGAGAUCACUGUCCAAGUGUCCUUUGAUCUCUUGCCAUUCACUGGAUACCCAGAUUGGUGGCAAACAGGUGACCUCUGAAAGGGAGUUCAUCCUCAUGUCUCAAGUGACUGGCAGGGCCAGCGUGUCUCAGUGUCCUUAGCUAUUUGUAUAAGAGCCAUGGCUUUUUCCCAUUUAUAAGGCUCUUAUAAUCCUAAAAUAAUAGGUAUAGAUGCUGGAGAAAUUAUAUUGGAAAACCCCAGCCUCUAGAAUUAGAAAAAUAAAUCAUAAUGUCCCCCAAAUUAAUUCAGAUUGAAUUAAGCAUGCAAUACGAAUAGUGAAUUACAAAAAGCAACAUUUUGGGUAGGGUUGAUCAAAUUUUAAAUACAGUGAAGCUUCAUUAUAUAAUAAUUUAAACUCUCCCAAACAUUUUCCCAGUGCAUAAAGAAUUAUUGCAUAAUGAAAUGAAAUGCCCAAAAGGAAGAUUCCUCCCCAGAAAACUUUCCUUAUGAACAGCUCUGAGCCAGGAGUUCCCAAGCUAGAGCUUAGUCAUAAAGGAGCUUCAUUGUAUUUUAAAAAUCUUUUUAAUGGAAAGAUUUGGACAAAGAUAUAAUCAGCCCCUUUUCACAUUUUAUGGUGUGUGCUAAAUUGCUUUUUACAGGUGGAAAAAUUAGCCUGCAUUUAUUUUUAAAUGCAGUUAUUAAAACGUUUUUGUAUUCCCCAUCAACAAAAAUUGUCAUUGUGAACAAAUGAUGAUUUGUCAUCAAAACAGUUCAGUGCUUGUUUUCUGUAGGUUUAGCAAAAUAUUCAUAAACCAAUGACAAACUCUUUAUACAUCAAGAUGGUGAGUUUGCAUAAGGACUGCAGAUUUAAUCUGCCCCACUGACUGUCCCCAGUGCCAUACUUGUAACACUGAUAGAAGGUGACACUAGGCAACUGGUAGUAGAAAGAAAAUAAGAAGUUCAUUCUUUACUGAAAAAUUCAGGUGCAUUAGCCAUUUGUUAUUUUACAGUGGACCAUUUCCUCUUAAUGUUUGUUAUUUGUUGGCAAAAUAAAAGUGCCUUAAGUUAAAAGUUUGUGUUGAGAUCCAUUCAAGAAAUCAGUAUCAGUUCAUACUGCACUUAAGUCUUUUUUUGCAUGUCCAUUGUAAAUUUAAUAUUGUAAAUGUAUCCAAGUUCAUUUACAUGCCUAUGGCUGCCUUUGAUUAAACUUCUUCCAAAAAAUAAAUUCUGUCCAGAUGUUGA